CCAGUGGGUGGUGUUGCAAUGGUGGCGUCGGUGGGACAUUGAAUGACUUUGCCUCCACCACGAACAUAGCUCACUUUAGGUUUAUCGCUGCAUUCGUAAACCGCGAACAUGGAGGCUCUCAUCCCCGUGAUAAACAAGCUCCAAGAUGUUUUCAACACGGUGGGAGCGGAUGUCAUACAGCUCCCGCAGAUAGCAGUAGUGGGGACUCAGAGCAGUGGCAAGAGCUCAGUGCUGGAGAGCCUGGUGGGCAGGGACCUGCUGCCCCGCGGGACCGGUGUGGUAACCAGGCGACCACUCAUCCUCCAACUGGUCCACGUGGAUCCGGGAGAUGCAAGGAAAAACGAUGACGGUGGCAACGGAGGGGAAGAGUGGGGCAAAUUUCUGCAUACAAAAAGCCAGAUCUACACAGAUUUUGAAGAAAUCAGGCAGGAAAUUGAAAAUGAAACAGAGCGAAUAUCUGGCAAUAAUAAGGGAAUCAGCGAGGAGCCUAUUCAUCUGAAGAUAUUUUCCCCAAGCGUCGUCAACCUCACUCUGGUGGAUCUGCCUGGAAUCACUAAGGUGCCCGUGGGAGAUCAACCUCAGGACAUUGAGGUUCAGAUCAAGGAUCUAAUCCUGAAGCACAUCUCUAACCCCAACUGCAUCAUCCUGGCUGUCACUGCGGCCAAUACGGACAUGGCCACCUCGGAGGCGCUCAAGGUGGCGCGGGAGGUCGACCCCGACGGCAGGAGGACCCUGGCUGUGGUCACCAAGCUGGACCUGAUGGACGCCGGCACUGAUGCAAUGGACGUGCUGAUGGGCAGAGUCAUUCCUGUCAAACUAGGCCUCAUUGGAGUCGUCAACAGGAGCCAGCUGGACAUCAACAACAGGAAGUCUGUGACUGAUGCCAUUCGAGACGAACAUGCUUUCCUGCAGAAGAAAUAUCCGUCUCUCGCCAACAGAAACGGGACCAAAUACCUGGCCAGAACCCUUAAUAGGCUGCUGAUGCAUCACAUCCGAGACUGUCUCCCCAACCUGAAGACACGGAUCAACGUCCUGGCGGCGCAGUACCAGUCCCUGCUCAGCAGCUACGGUGAACCCGUGGAAGACCAGAGCGCCACCUUGCUCCAGCUCAUCACCAAGUUCGCCACGGAAUACUGCAACACCAUAGAGGGCACGGCCAAAUACAUCGAGACGGCCGAGCUGUGUGGCGGAGCCAGAAUUUGUUACAUAUUCCACGAGACGUUUGGCAGAACAUUGGAGUCUGUGGAUCCUCUGGGAGGACUCAGCACCAUUGACAUCCUCACAGCCAUAAGGAACGCGACAGGCCCGCGUCCGUCGCUGUUUGUGCCCGAGGUUUCCUUCGAGCUGCUGGUGAAGAAGCAGGUGAAACGCCUGGAGGAGCCCAGCCUGCGAUGCGUGGAACUGGUCCACGAGGAGAUGCAGAGGAUUAUCCAGCACUGCAGCAACUACAGCACGCAGGAGCUGCAGAGAUUCCCUAAGCUGCACGAGGCCAUUGUGGAAGUAGUCACCUCGCUCUUGAGGAAGAGGUUGCCCGUCACCAAUGAAAUGGUGCAUAACUUGGUUGCAAUAGAGCUGGCCUACAUCAACACCAAGCACCCAGACUUUGCAGAUGCCUGUGGGGUCAUGAAUAACAAUAUAGAGGAGCAAAGGAGAAACCGAAUGAGAGAGCUGCCCGCUGCAGUGCCCAGAGACAAGUCUGUUGGCCACGGCCCGUCUGGCCCAACCGGGGCUUCUGGCGAGCUCCCUGCGUCUGGAGCAGACGUGGACGGUGCCAAGGCCCCAGCAGGAGGGUCCCAGGGGGAGCAGGACGGCACAGGGAACUGGAGGGGGAUGCUGAAGAAAGGAGAGGAGGCCCCCGGCUCCGGACCUGGAAGCCCCCUCAGAGGGGUUGUUAACCUGCUCGAUGUGCCUGCGCCAGUUGCCAGGAAGUUGUCAUCCCGUGAGCAGCGGGACUGUGAGGUCAUCGAGCGCCUCAUAAAGUCUUACUUCCUCAUUGUCCGUAAGAACAUCCAGGACAGUGUGCCGAAGGCAGUGAUGCACUUCCUGGUCAACCAUGUGAAGGACAGCCUCCAGAGUGAGCUUGUUGGCCAGCUGUAUAAAUCUGGCCUCCUUAACGAUCUGCUGACUGAAUCUGAGGACAUGGCCCAGCGGCGCAAGGAGGCCGCCGACAUGCUGCAGGCUUUGCAAAAGGCCGGCCAGGUUAUCGCAGAGAUCCGAGAAACACAUCUGUGGUGAAAAAUCCCCAAAGGGAGCUGAACGUUAUCUCUUGCUGCCUAAAGGGCCGAGGCGCCAGAAAUGUUCUUGUUCCAGCUUCAAGUAGGUAUCCUAUCGGAUCAAAAGCUCCCUGAAAGAAAUGUGAGUUUAUUAUAUGGAAAUUGCCAUAACUUUAGUUGCCACCCAUGGAGGAAUAAAGAGUGCAUCCGAAGCGUUAUCCUUAACAUUAUGGAAAUGGACUCUGUGGCAGCUCCAGGUUAUAACAAAUCCACAUCUUAUGAGUGGUCAUGUGUCAAACAGGUUAACUGUCAUCAGUUCUCUCUCGGUCCACGUUAUAUUUUGCACUUGUAUCACCGCACUGAAGUUCUGACUUUUAUUUUAGUGUUAAAUAUGUGCCGAAUAAUAUAUGGUAAGUUGUUUACACAUUGCUGCCUAUAAGUGCAAUGUGGUUGUGUAACGUUGCCAGAAGAAUAAAAGGUGUUUUGGA